CUCUAAUUUGUACAUUUAGCCCUCCAUCUGCACAUCGUGUGGUAAACUUGGCUAUAUCAGAAACGAAUGGUGAUGGAAAUAGCUACUGAUAAAGGAAAUGGCAUGGAAUUCAGAAACGACCAACUCAUCUCAGAUACGUCAAAAUACAGUUUGAAAGCCGACUCUGUAAGCGGAAACCUGACUAUUCAGGAUUUGCAACAGGAUGACAGUGGAUUAUAUAUUUGCUCGGUACGCAUAUUUAAAGAUGUCGAAGGAAGUUCAGUCAGAUUGGAGGUCCUCUUACCAGCUAAACCGAGAUCUUUGUCUAUUUCUGACAAUCAAUCUGAAAUCGAAAACAACGUGGAGUCAAUAAGCAUCACUUUGGGUCAAACUCACAAAAUAAUGUGUGUUGUUCAAGAGAUCAGGCCACCUGCUACACUGGAAUGGAUAAAUCCUGGAAGAGUAACAGUUCGUCAAGAUGAUCAGUACAAUACUAUCCAUGGUGUCACCUACACAUCUAUUAGAACCGUAUUAAUUACCCCAUCAAGGCAUGAUGAUGGGAAGAUUUUACGUUGUAUCGCUUCACAUCGGGAGCUUGAUCAUGAUAUUAAUUCAACCGUUCGGCUUUCUGUUCAAUACUCUCCUGUCAUCGUGGAUUCCUCAGUCCGUCGUGUAUUCAAUAUCCGACCAAAAGUUGACGCCAUCCUAACAUGUAGAUCAGACAGUAGACCAAUAGCCUCGAUAACCUGGCUCUCGUAUGGUACCGAACACAAGAACGACGCUCGUCAUCAAAACACCCUGCACCUCCUACUUCAUUCCUAAUAGAGACCUUUCGCAUAUACUCCAGAG